AUCGCACCCCGCCAUAUUGGACAAACCUACCGAAGACAGGAAUACUGGCUGCCGAGGGGAUAGGGGGAAGGACCUGAGUACGUGUGGACGAUUAAAGUUUCCUUGAGUUAAAUAUCUAUGCAUUGGACCAAUUAAUAAAGUGCCAGAUCUGAGGCAGGACGCGGUUCGGGGGUUAUUUUCUUCCUCGUUAAAAGGACUUGUCGGUAGAUGAUGACUUCCCUGACCCAAAGGAGCUCGGGCCUGGUGCAAAGGCGGACAGAAGCCUCGCGUUCUGCUGCAGCCGACAAGGAGAGAGGAUCUGGGGACGAGGACUUCGAGGCUCGACGCGGGGAUGAACAAGACGACGAUGACAGCGGAGAUUCCAAAGAAACUCGACUCACUCUUAUGGAAGAAGUAUUGCUUCUGGGACUGAAGGACCGAGAGGGCUACACAUCGUUCUGGAACGACUGCAUCUCGUCAGGCCUGCGCGGCUGCAUGCUCAUCGAGCUGGCCAUCCGAGGCCGCCUGCAGCUGGAGGCCUGUGGCAUGAGGAGGAAAAGCCUGCUGUCCCGCAAGGUCAUCUGCAAGUCGGACGCCCCCACCGGAGACGUGCUGCUGGACGAGGCCUUGAAGCACAUUAAGGACACUCAGCCCCCCGAGACUGUGCAGAGCUGGAUCGAGCUCCUCAGUGGUGAGACCUGGAACCCGCUGAAGCUGCACUACCAGCUGCGGAACGUGCGCGAGCGCCUGGCCAAGAACCUGGUGGAGAAGGGCGUGCUGACCACGGAGAAGCAGAACUUCCUGCUGUUCGACAUGACCACGCACCCGCUCACCAACAGCAACAUCAAGCAGCGGCUCAUCAAGAAGGUGCAGGAGGCCGUGCUGGAGAAGUGGGUGAACGACCCGCACCGCAUGGACAAGCGCAUCCUGGCGCUCAUCUUCCUGGCGCACUCGUCCGACGUGCUGGAGAACGCCUUCGCGCCGCUCCUGGACGACCAGUACGACCUGGCCAUGAAGCGCGUGCGGCAGCUGCUGGACCUGGAGCCCGAGGGCGAGAGCAUGAAGGCCAACGCCAACGAGCUGCUCUGGGCCGUGGUGGCCGCCUUCACCAAAUGAGAAGUUGUUGGGGGGGUCGUCUUUCGGGGGGGUGGGGGGGGGUAGUGUCCUCUACUGCCCCCCCCCACCCACUCACCCACCUCCUUCCCCAUCUUGGGAUUGGCCACAGUGGAAAACCGGCUGACGUUAUUGGGGAGGGGAGGGAAGGGGAGAGGUGGACAGUUGACUCAGACUCUUGCUCUCGCGUCCUCCUCGUCCCCCCCACCUUCCCUUCCCGCCCCGCCCCAUCUCAGCCGCUUGCCCCAAACAUUCGGAAGGGGUGGAUGACUUGGCCGUCAUUCUCUGUUUUUCUCCCCCCUCUCCUUUGUAGAUAAGUCCUUGCCCCUCCCAAAACCCCCUCCAUUUGCCCCACCCCCAUCUGUCCUCAAUGAGAUGUCACUGAAAUGAUCACAGUUGAAUUUUUUUUUAUUUUUUGUACCCCAGCUGUGGGGGUAGAGAGAGAAGCAUGCCAGUUCCUGUUGAAUCAGAAUGUGCAGGACGCCUGAACGUUUGGGAGCCAACUAACUUGUAAACUCUUUGCCGUGUGUGCAGUCCCGAUCCCACAGUGUCCUUGGGACAAAUCCUGUGCUUCGAUUGUUUUCCCCACUGGCUUGGGUUUGACAUCCCAGCAUCUUGAAGUAAGAGAAGAUUUAAAAAACAAAAAACAAAAAAGCCAAGUAGGGAUGAGAUUUGGGUGUACAAUACAGCCUGCUCGAUCUAGUUGGAUUGCCGGUGGUAAUCCUGACCAUUUUCAGCCUCCCCUAAAGGAAUACUUUGAUCAUGAUCCAAACUCGAAAGAAAUUCACCUGCAUUAAAAUGAAUUGAAAACUUUCAAUAAAGGAAGUGUCUUUG